UUAUUGUGAAGUCGCACCGGAAGCGGUGGAGCGGGUCACGUGCCGUGGCAACGUCACGUCGGUGUUCCGGAGAGCAAGGACGAACCGAGCCCAGCUGAAGGCCACCGCCGAACCGAAGCGGCAGCAUGAACGAGACGGCGGGCCUGCGCUUCCGGCGGCAACAGAGGCAUGACGUCAUCACCGACCGACUCGCCGAGCACGUGCACAAGGGCAAGGGGACGUACAGCGGGCGCGUGUUCCGGGCCAGCCUGCUGUCCGUGGGCGCCUUCCUGCUCUUGCCUCUGCUUGUCGUCCUGCUCGUCCUCGAGUCGCCCAUCCACCCCGACGUCCUCGUUCUGAAGGAGCCGCCACCCAUGGCGGGAUGCUGGGAAGCCAACGCAAAGCUGCGGCUCGCUCGCAGGCUCUACGAGGACGCCCUCGCCGGACCCGAGUCCGUCGCCAACGUCGGAGAUGUCUUUUAUAGCGGAACAGCAGACGGGAGGAUCGUGAAGCUGAUCGGUCGAAGGGUUCACACGGUGGCCAGACUGGGAAAACCUCCCUGUGGGUCUGCGGAGGACGAGGUGACCUGCGGGCGACCCCUGGGGAUCCGAGCGGGACCCAACGGGACUUUAUUUGUAGCAGACGCCUACUUGGGCGUCUUCGAGGUCGACCCCGCCACAGGCGAGUCAACUCGGCUGGUGUCGGGCGGUCAGGUGGUGGGCGGCAGGAAGUUGCUGUUCAUCAACGACCUGGCGGUGACGCAGGACGGCAAGAAAUUGUACUUCACCUCCUCCAGCAGCAGGUGGCAGCGUAGAGAUUACCUGCACCUCAUUAUGGAGGCCACGGCCGACGGACGGGUGUUGGAGUACGACACGGAGAGCGGAGAGCUGAGCGUGGUCAUGGACAACCUGCGAUUCCCCAACGGCAUCCAGUUGCUUCCCGACGAGGAGUCCGUCCUGGUGGCCGAAACCACGAUGGCCCGAAUACGCAGGGUCCACGUGGCGGGUCUAAACAAGGGUGGCAUGGACACGUUCAUGGACAACCUUCCCGGUUUCCCCGACAACAUCCGGCCCAGCUCGAGCGGCGGCUACUGGGUGGCCAUGUCCGCCGUGCGCCCCAACCCUGGAUUCUCCAUGUUGGACUUCCUGUCGCAGAGACCGUGGAUCAAGAAGUUCCUCUUCAAGCUCCUGAGCCAGGACACGAUGAUGAAGUUGGUUCCUCGCUACAGCCUGGUAGCCGAGCUCCACGACGGGGGCAUCUGCUCGCGGAGCCUCCACGACCCCGACGGGUCGGUGGCGGCGUACGUGAGUGAGGCGCACGAACAUGACGGGAGUCUCUACCUGGGAUCCUUCCGCUCGCCCUACCUCGCCAAACUGGACCUGAGCCUCGUGUGACGUCCACCUCUGGGCGGGCGGGAACCCGUCACCGACGCAACAGUCUUUUUAUUUCUAAUUUUCCACUUGUGUUGCUUCGAUGUCAAACACUCUUCCUUCUUCUUUCCUUCAUAAUGUCCUCCCUCCCUUUUUUUUGUCUCGAUGUUGCAUGAGAAGUCAAACAGGCUGCCACGAUCGAGUUGAAAUAAAGUGGAUAAAAUGGU